GUGGCCGCUAGGUGGUGCACUUUUCCUCCUCUCCACAGAGGCGCAGUUCACAGAAGAACUCAGGAGGCUGCUGCUUGUCACUGUAUGGCGGUAACGCAGCACAUUGCGCUUUAGAUUGCUGAAAAUCUGUGAGUGAGCAUUGUGCCGGAAACUUCCCCACCGCCAUCUCAACCCUGGUCGCCUCAGUCAGUCGGAGCCUCGUAGAGAGGCAAAUCUCUGAUGAUGGAGAAUGGUCAAGGCACAGGCUCCAAGCUGGGCCUGCCACCCCUCACUCCAGAGCAGCAGGAGGCACUGCAGAGGGCGAAGAAAUAUGCUAUGGAGCAGAGCAUUAAGAGCGUCCUGGUGAAGCAAACCAUAGCUCACCAACAGCAGCAGCUUACUAACCUGCAGAUGGCAGCCGUGACUAUGGGCUUUGGAGAUCCUCUCUCACCCUUUCAAUCGGUUGCAGCACAGAGGCAGCGAGCUCUCGCCAUCAUGUGCCGCGUCUACGUGGGCUCCAUCUAUUACGAGCUUGGCGAGGAUACCAUUCGGCAGGCUUUUGCGCCGUUCGGCCCAAUCAAGAGCAUCGACAUGUCCUGGGACUCCGUCACAAUGAAACACAAGGGCUUUGCCUUUGUGGAGUACGAGGUGCCCGAGGCUGCUCAGCUGGCUCUGGAGCAGAUGAACUCUGUCAUGCUGGGUGGAAGGAACAUUAAGGUGGGGCGGCCAGGUAACAUUGGACAAGCACAGCCCAUCAUUGACCAGCUGGCCGAGGAAGCACGUGCAUACAAUCGCAUCUACGUAGCCUCGGUGCACCCGGACCUGUCCGACGAGGACAUCAAGAGCGUCUUUGAGGCCUUCGGCAAGAUCAAAGCCUGCAUGCUGGCCCGAGAGCACACCACAGGGAAGCACAAAGGCUACUGCUUCAUCGAAUAUGAAAAGCCUCAGUCAGCGGUAGACGCAGUGUCCUCCAUGAACCUGUUUGACCUGGGAGGUCAGUACCUGAGGGUGGGGAAGGCCGUGACCCCACCCAUGCCCCUGCUCACCCCGACGACCCCCGGAGGUUUGCCGCCUGCUGCGGCUGUAGCUGCUGCUGCCGCCACUGCUAAAAUCACAGCCCAGGAGGCUGUUGCAGGGGCGUCCGUGUUGGGCUCGUUGGCGUCUCCCGCUCAGCUCCUCAGCCAGCAGAUGGGACUUCCUCAGGCUGUGCUGGCAGCCCAGGCCCCAGGCUUAAUUACAGGUGUCACACCUGUUCGGCCGACUCUGCCCGUGGUGCCUCAGGUGGGCCUGGUAAACCCCGUGCUGGCGUCACCACCCAUCACAUCCAGUGCCACGUCCACAGGAACACCAACAAGCACAACUCCGCAGCAGCCCGAGGUUAAGAGAGAGGUACAGGACAAGCAGCAGGAGAAAGACGAAGCUCGAGCAGACGCUGUGGAGCAAAGGAGUGUGAACGAGCAGGAGCAGAACAGAAGCAGUGAGGGCAGCCCCACAGUCACACACUCAGGGUCUACAGUAAUGGUGUUGCGCAACAUGGUGGGCCCUGAAGACAUCGACGACGACCUGGAGGGGGAGGUGACCGAGGAAUGCGGGAAGUUCGGCGCCGUAAACCGGGUCAUCAUCUACCAGGAACGUCAGGGCGAAGAAGACGACGCCGAAAUCAUCGUGAAGAUCUUCGUGGAGUUCUCCGACAGUGGCGAAAUGAAUAAGGCCAUCCAGGCCCUGAACAACCGGUGGUUCGCGGGUCGCAAGGUCGUGGCCGAAGUCUACGAUCAGGAGCGUUUCAAUAAAAGCGACCUUUCGGCAUAAGACUGACCAACUCUGUCAACCUGCUCAAACUCGUUCAGCCUCGGUGUCUGCUGCUCGAGUUUUGGGAUUCUUUUAAACUUGUAAUUAUUUUUUUUUUAUUGUGGUCAAUAAUAAUAUUGGGGACAAUCCCAUUGGUGGGAUUUGACUUAGAAAAUAUUUGUGCUUAAUGGAUUUUUUUUUCGUCAUCACCUACUGUGAAAAUUUUUUUUCCUUUUUUUUUUUUUUUUUUUAUGUUUAUUUGCAAAUUGUUUUCUAAUUUGUCUAUUUGGUUGGUUCCAUUGUUCUCUUAUGCUCUGACCCCCACCCCAACCCAUUUUUUUUUUUAAACAAAAAAACAAAAUUUUUCCAUCACUAAUGUUCUGUUAAAAUUCUAAACAUUGUAUUGGAGUUAUUUCUUCUGAAUUUACCAAACAAUAAAUUCUUCAAAUAUGCCA